AUGUCGGGCUUCCUGCACCACCACCACCACAAAGACUCAGAAAAGCCUUCUGAGCAUUCUGCUCAGUCCAACUCGCACGUUGGGGAAGAAGCCAACAAGAGCGCCCACCAUCACCACCACCUCUUCGGCCACCAUAAGGCGGGCGAAGAGAAGUCCCACCACCGCCCUAGCCAAGAGGAAAUCGACAACGCCGAAUUCGCUGCGGCGAGGCACUACGAUCAUGCUCUGAAAUCUAGUCAUGGUCCUGGUGUCGGCUUCGAGGGAGGACGUCAAGGUUAA